UUUAUAAUCAAUAUGUCUAUAUGCUUGUAUGGACUAAUCCUAGCAUUGAAGUGCUAGAUUUCGGAUAUCAAUUUCAGUUAAAGAAUAUUAUACAUUUCCCUGUAGAAAAACCUCGUCGCAGAACGAUAGAAUAUUUAAAUGAUUCAAAUUUAAACCUAAAGAAAUUUAUAUUUACCGGCACGAAAUCUUCUGUACAUUUAUUAAAAUUUGCAUACUCUGAAAAUGUUAUAGAAUAUAUUGACAUUUCCUGUAAUUAUAUCAACAAAAUAUUGGAACUGCCAUCUUUAUUGUUUUUAACAUUUCUUAAUCUUUCGAGCAACUCUAUCGAAACAUUGUCAGAAUCAGUAUUUAGAGAAACGCCAUCUUUAAAAUACCUGGAAAUACAAGAUAAUAUCCUUGGUUUCGAAUUAGGAUCUGACAAAGCAGUGAAUAUGUUUGUACCUCUAAAACAUCUAAAAACCAUUAAUAUGUCAAAGAAUAGAAUUUACAGUUUAACAAGUUUGCUUUUCUCCCAAUGCGUCAGUUUACAAAAAAUCGAUCUUUCUGAAAAUUACCUUGACAUCUUUGACCUUAAUUUACAUAAUUUAAGAAAUUUGUCAGUCCUGAAUCUGAGAAAUAAUCGGCUUCAAACUUUAUCUGAACCCGUUCGAGUAUAUCUGUCUGACAUGACAUCGGCACAUGCAGUAAUUGUUAACUUGCAGGACAAUAAAUUAGCGUGUAAUUGCGAUAACAUCGAAUUCUUGAGAUGGCUGUUAACAACAAAUGUUUCUGUAACAGAAAAGAACUUUUAUAAUUGUUACUAUAAUAAUGCUAGUAGAUCUCGCAUUGAGUCAAGUACAACUGACGCUCUAGUCACUCAGUGCUAUACUUAUUUAUCCUUAAUUACAUCACUUACAGCAAUUAUCUCAGUCUUUGUCGUAAUCAAUAUAUCGGCAAUUAUAUUUAGGUACCGCUGGCAUAUUGUAUAUUGGUACUACAAUGUCGUGAAACGUCGAGAUAUUACUAUGAAUGCACGACAGGACAUGUUUCAGUAUGAUGCGUAUUUAUCCUAUGACGAUCAUGAGACCAGUUUAGUUGUAAGGACUAUACACACAAAGCUUGAAGUUGAUUCCAACCUGCGACUGAAUAUUCGAGAUCGCGACUUUCCACUUGGUGAUAUCAAUGCUCUGAAUAUCGUCGAAGCAAUCAGCUCGAGCAGAAAAACAAUUUUGCUUCUAAGCAGACAUUCUCUUAAGAACAAAUGGUGUAGGUUUGAAAUAAACAUUGCUAUCAUUGAAGCCAUUACCACGAAUCGACCGGUUACUGUAAUUGUGUACGUGGAAGAUAUUCCAGCUCGCUUUCUACCGAAGGAAGUAAGUAAACUUCUGCAAGAUUCACCGGUUUUAGAUUUUCCAAAGGACACAGAUGCUUCCCAAAACGCGUUUUGGAACAGUUUGAAGGACUGCAUUAGCCGGUGACGAAAAAGUGUAUAUUUGGGUAUACAAAUGAUAAUUGUAUUUACAAUAAAAUGUACAUACAUGAAAACAAAAAAUUUGGACAUGGGGAAUGUUUGCAGUCAUAUUGGGGCUUGCAAUUGUUCUUGUCACUAGUUUGUGCGUUUUGUUUACAAAGACAAAAUUGUAUUGUAUUAGAAUGGUCUUAUUAGAAUUUUAAUCUGCAGUAUAUCACUGAUGUUAUAUUAUGUUUCAAUCAAUUGACUAAAUUUUAGACUAUCUAAUACAUUAUUGACAGUCUUGCAGUCACAUAUUUCAAGAGACAACACAAAACGGACAAACAGUGUACAUGGUGAUUUUGAUAGCAUAAUUAUUAUUGAAUGUGCAAUAACAUAAUUAUUAGUGAAUGUGCAAUAUCCAAACACUUAAUCAUGGAUAAUAACUACAUUGUAUGUUUUAAUUAUUAUAUUUUACGAGAUCCCUGAUCCUAUAAGUGCGAUAUCAUAUUAAGUGCAUAUGCGCUUAGAAGAUUCUUUUGUAUGCUCGACCAAUACAUUCAAUAAUGAAAUUGUACCUGGAUUUUCCUGAUGAUUGUACAGUGUUUUUUAUUUGAUCUUCUUAUUAUUGUUUUUAUCAAAUAAAAAAUAUUUUUUAUACUAUGUAUAAUACUAAAAAUUCCAAUUUUUGAAUAUUCCACAUAUUGAUUUUAAAUGACAUUGUAUGAUUACUAAUAUUAUAUAUGAGGACAGUGGAAUAAAACAAAUCCCAUCUUUUAAUUUCUCGUAUCUGAUGAUAUCUUAAUUGAUAGGUGGGGUCGAUCGUAUCGGACAAAUGAUUAACACAUUUUUCGUAAUGCCACCAACUAAAAUAACAUUAUUUGAA